AUGGCGACAAUUAGAAGUAUAACGCUAUGGUUAUUUCUGUGUGGUCUUCUGCAAGUGGCAUGCGCAGCGACCAUCUCCAAUAACAUUAAUUCAGAUACGGUAUUCACGAAGACCGAAAGUCCUUAUGAGGUAACUGGUGACAUCACGGUAGAUGAUGAGAUCAUUCUAACCAUCGAACCUGGUGUAAUCGUGAACUUCUAUCCAGGGAGUAGUCUAGUUGUGCGUGGGGCGAUUGUUGCCAGAGGAACUGACGCUGCUCGAAUUACCCUAACGUCUUCACAAGGUAACUUUGAUACGGAUUUGACUGAAGAUUUCAGGUUAGCCUCAAUUCGACUUGUUGAUGGGGGAGGUUUGCACCAAGGUCGACUUGAAAUCAACAUCAACGGGAAAUGGGGUACUGUAAGUAAAGAUACCUGGGAACAAGCUGAAACAGAUGUGGCAUGUAGACACCUUGGUUUCAGUGGAGGUACAUUAUCGACGUCUCCUCCUGGAACUGGUAAUAUGUGGAUUGAUGAUAUUGAUUGUACUGGUACAGAGGCUACAUUAUUUGAAUGCAUCAACUUAUCUAUUGGACAAGACGAUUACGAUCACACUCGUGACGUCGGAUUAGAGUGUACAGGUUCCCAGAAUAGAGUCCUCCAGCACAAUUACUGGAGAGGUAUCAUCUUCACCGGCUUGUCGCCACUAGUUACAUCAUUACUGCAGAACGUGGACAUAUCCUUCACAUCCGGGACCCAACCGUCCGACAUAGCUGGAUCAGUCGAAGUUGAAGGAAACCCACCAACAUUUGAAAAUGUUAACAUAACCAAUUGUUUGACCAGUGGAAUACUUGUUUCUUCAUCACCAAACAGCGUAUCAAUACAAGACACUGUUAUAUACAACUGCAUGAAUGGAAUUACAGUUUCUAGUGUUGAUGGGAGUAUUGAUAUCACAAGUGUCAGUGCAUUAUCGAAUCAUGGUUAUGGUAUUCUAAUAUCACCUUCAGGAAUCGUGAGCAGUAACCUAGUUGUAUCUAUCAGUGAGGGUCUGUUGGAAAACAAUGGACGGUCUGCCAUAACAUACGAUACCACUGUAAGCACUGAAGGCAGUGUCAGAGUUGACGUAAAACAUUCACAGAUAAAUAACAAUGGAAUGCUUGCGCCCCCAACGCCAGAUGAAUGCAGUGCAGCCAUUACCUUGAACGCAGGCAUCACUGAAUUCAAUAUCUCAGCCAAUCGUUUUAUCGGAAACCAGCUUGGCGCUGUGAGUAUAUACACUGAUAAUAUUGAAACCGCGCAGGCAACACCUACCACGUGCAUCUACAACAAUUACUUUGAAGGAAACACAGGCGGCGAGGUGAUCUUUCUAGAAUCUGAACAAGAAAGUGGUUUGGUAAAUAUUCACGAUAAUACGAUCAUAAGCAAUGAUCUGGGCGAGGGUAACAGCGUGCUAAGACUGCACAAUGUAGUUUCUUAUGUUGUGAAUAAUCUUCUUGUGUCCAACACUGGUCUCUAUACUCUGCACUGGUCGCAUGACACAGCACCGAUCGGAUGGCAAGAAUGUUACAACAAUUUGCUACUUUACAAUAGCGGCAACACUCCGGGUAGAAAACUAACCUUGGUGACAACAGGAAGUGGGAUCGGUUUCUAUAACAACCAUUUCGAAAAUCCUUCAAACGAUUACGAGUUCAGUGGGGAAAGUGGAACCACAAAUGCACUAAUUGACGCCACUGAGAAUUGGUGGGAUAGUGUGUAUGGAGAGGACAUCAGAAAGAAAAUUCGAGAUGAUAAUGUUAUCAUCGGUUUUCCGGAUGUAGUGUUCACGCCAUAUCGAAUGACGUCACCAGUCAUAAGUGAUGCGUGUCCAAUCGGCUAUGUUUUAUAUGGUAGUAACUGUUAUGGUCUAAACGGUGGAUCACUGUACAUCGAUGAUGCUAGACUUAAGUGUAUGGAGUUGGGAGGUACUCUGCCGACUUCAUCAGAUAAUACAGAUGUGUUGGCCUUUCUAAUGUUCCAUGGGCCUAAAUGUGCCACACAGGUUCAAGUGUGGAUUGACGACCAGCCAGGGUGCAGUGUUCUGACAAUUAGUUUCCCAACUAGUAGUAGCAUCGAAGCCGUAGAUUGUUCUGAUAAACAUCCAUUUGCAGUUGUUUGUAAAAUACCAACGGCGGAUACUUGCCCCUCGAUAUGUUCACAUAACGGGAUCUGUGUUGAUGAUAUUUGUCUGUGCCUCGGUGGAUGGACUGGGGAUGAUUGCUCUUCGUUCCACUGCAGAGAUGUCAACGAAUGUUCUGGCCAUGGAACCUGUGUCGGUCCCAACACAUGCAAAUGUAUAAAUGGAUGGCAGGGUAGAGAUUGCUCAUAUAGCUAUUGUGAUUCCAUUGACGAGUGUGAAGAAUGCUCUUCAUCGACCGGAUGUGGCUGGUGUGACACAACGUUGAGUUGUGCAUCCGGAGAUGGAAGUGGCCCGGAUGAAGGCAGCUGUCCAUCCUGGUUUUACUAUUCAUGCAUCACAAUACGCGAUGCUUCUGAUUGCAGUGACAAAAUAAAGAUCAUCAAUUGCGAAGGAAAUCAAUGUGCUGUUUCGACUGGGAAUUACUUUCCUGGCAGUUGCCCGACCUGCUAUGACGUGGACCACUGUUACAAGGAUACACCCACUGGUUGUCGGGGCUGGGACGAGGCUGUGUGCCCUGGCGGUAUCCUACAUCCAGACUAUUCAGAUACAACACGCGUCCAGAAUUCUGUCUUAAAUAGUAAUGUGAAACUGAUCAACGAAGGAGAUGCCAUACUGUACUCGUGUCCAGCUUUGAACGCUAAUGAUGAAUCGGACGAUUCGUUGUUGAUAGUCACUCAAGAAACCCUGGAUAUCGCUGAGGGCGAUAUCAUUGCAAGUAUACAAUCGGAUGGAAUAUUACAUGCAGUGUUGGGUAUCACACAGAUGGAAACUUACACACUUAUUCUAGGAAAACCUGCUCCACUGGAAGACGUUAUUGCAUAUGCAAAUUUCAAACAGGAUGUAGAAGUGAUACAGAUAGAAGACAGCCUCGUACACGAGAAUGCAAUCAGUGAUAGUAUAGCAUUAGGGUUGAUAAAUGGGGAGACCGUCGUUGAUGGCAGCAUACACAUAAUAAACGAGGCAACUGAGGUUUACAAAUGUCUUGGUAAUGUUUACGAACUCGAAGUGGACAACUCUAAGAGAACUGUAAAGACGUUUUUCAUUGUUCAUCCGGAUACUGUGAUAUUCCAAGAGGGCGACAUCGUAGUAUCGAACCACUCCAAUGGUUUCUUGGCCGACGUUGUUGACAUUGACGACAGCGAGAUGAAUGCGACAUUUGUGACAACGCAGCUUACGCAUUGUAGUAGUGCAACAAGUUUCCAGCCAAGAGUUAAGACAGAGAUACACGAUGCUACUGGGAGUGAAGUCAUUGUUGAUCUCGUAUGCAGUGGAGGAAAUAAAAUACCCGGACUCCUUAUUCUAGAAAAUAUUCCUUCGUCGGAUCUAGAUAUCGUUGUAGGUGAUACGGUAAUUGGAAUGUCAAGCAGUGCGUUUCUUGGAAAGGUCGUGAAUUCUCGUAUUUAUGAUGGUCGUGUGUUUAUUGAACUCCUUGAAAUAUCCACCAACGACGACCUUUUGUACGUAGACGUUGGUGGCCUUGUACCAGUACGAAGACGUAAACGAAAAGAAUUAUCAUGGAAUCCGGAGUUUUCUUUAUCAAAUACAUUCCCAUUCGAAGAUGGUCCAGUGACAUUUAAUGUUACUCCAAAAGUUGACUUCUCACCGACGUUCUCAUUGAAUUUUGAUGUUAACUGGUGGGGAGGUAUCACUCGUGUUGGUGUCGGGUUUGACGGAAAGCUCACAGCAUCUCUGGAGACUGUGUUGAACUGGAAUAUGGCAGGUGACGCAAGCUGGUCUCAUAAUUUACUUGAUAUAACUGUAGGGAGAUUCGUUAUUCCCUACAUAUUUGUACCAGGGGUGUUCCAGUUUGUAGUCGAUAUCAAAGGUUCAGUAGGAUAUAAGAUAGAGGGUACAGUUACUGGAGAAGUAGGUGCAUCGUCUAAUCUAACUACCGGGGCAACAUGGACGAAAGCUGAAGGUGUGCGACUCAACAGGCCCAAGGUAUCCUUUGAACCAUUUGUGUCUGCCUCGGCAUCAUUCAACACAGCUGGGCUUGCAAGUGCAGUUGCAGAAGCAGCUAUCGUACCACAGUUCAAUGCACAACUACCACCACAAGGCGUGAACCUGCAGAAGUUAACGAAGAAGCUUCCAAAAUGGAUGAAACAGUUACUUCCUAACGAUGACUCUGGUAUUGCAACAACCAAUGACGUUGAAAUAACUUUAGGCAUAGCAACAACCAUCAAAGGUAAAGUGUCUGCAUCACUGUGUAGUGGGAAGUGUGCAGACCCUGAUAAACAAGUGAGAGUGGAUGUUGAAGGAGGUAUACCAGCUAUUACGGGUGAUGCCAAUUUUAAACUCUUCAAACUUGUCGACGAGUCCGUAAAUUUAUUCACGUUCCAGACUCCGGAUUGGUAUAACACAACUGGUUGGUGUUUAGGUACUUUCCUGGGCUUGCCAUGCUGUGUAUGUUCGGACGGCAUGCCUGGUAUACUGGAUUUAACCAAUGGCGCGUGUACAAGGUGCAAAUGCUGGUGUGAUAACAGGAAGACAAUUGGGGGAUAUUUGAAUGAUGAAGAUACAUGUGUAUGUGCAUCUUGUCCAGAUGGCACACCAAUGCUUCCAGUGUAUCCUGAAUGUCCUUGCUUGUGUCCUGAUGGAAACAUCAUGGCAAUGAACGUUGAUGGUACAUGUCCUUGCAUUUCCAGGACGAAGCGUGAACUUGACGGAGCAGUGUCACCUGUCGAUUGCACAUGUGACAAAGAGCUUAUGCCUGGAACAACUGAAGACGGCUGUGUGUGUGUAGACGACUGUGCAUGCACGGAAGAUGAAGAGCCAGUACUCGUAGACGGUGAAUGUGUUUGCAGGCCUCUAUACAUUUGUGGUAUAUCGUAUGUGUGUGUUGUUGGAAGAAAGGGUGAAUUUUGUACCGAACCGGAGUGUGCACCUUGUGCGGCAUCCCCAGAAUGUUCCGGACAUGGUACGUGUGUUGCCUUGGAUAACUGCAAUGCCACGUGUAGAUGUGAUGAAGGAUGGAUGGGACUAUGUUGUGACAGCAAAUAUACAAAUUCAGGUCAACAACCAAAUCUACCCGAUGGAGUGGGCCAAGGUGACCCCCACUUGAGAACGUUUGAUGGACUCAAGUACGACUUCCAAGGAUACUGCACAUACACAAUCGUGCGUAAUAGUCCCAAAUACGAUGGAGUAUCAUUCGAGAUAACAGCUGAUUUCCGGAGUCAAAAUCCACGGACUCCAUAUAAACCACCAACCAGAAUGAUAACCAUCAACAUUGCCGUUGAAGGAAAAGAGUUCAUUCAACUGAUGGAGGACAACACCAUAUUAGUUAAUGGGAAUAACAUGUCAAAUACCCAUCCCCUAACACUUAGUAACAAUUCAGUGCUUGUACAAACGGAAAAUGGAGCAUCUGUGGUGAACAUAAACGAACCCGAUAUAACUAUAACAUGGAAAGGCAAUAUACACAAAGUUGACGUCAUUCUACGCGAUGAUAAUCUGAGAGGUAGUGUACACGGAUUAUUUGGAGACGCAGACGGUUCCCAAGACAACGAUUUCCAGAAGCCAAAUGGCGACAUUGCAACUACUGCUGAGGAGUUUGGAAAUAGCUGGCUGGUACCUGGAAGUUGUCCAGCAAACUUGUAGCAGUCAAAUAGAAUUAUUUAAUGACAACAACUGUUGCGUUCCCUUGGAAUCAACAGUUAGCUGAAGCAGGCUCGAUUAUAUGUCUCAUCUUCUAUAGCAGUGCAUUUGGAUUGUAAUUAUAUCAACGUCUAGCUUGUACUACACACCUGAUCGACGAUUUUUGUACUUUAGCGAUGGUUUAUAAUAUUUACAGCUAUAAACUUCCUCCAGUAAUAUUCUAUAACCAUAGCGCGCUCAAUGCGGGUAUGAGGGAAUCUAGAAGUGCGUUAGCGCUAGCAUCAUAUUAAGCUUUUCUAAAGAACGGGCGCGCUCCUCUGUUCUAAGAUGUACCAUUCCAUUAUUUGCAAUUGACGCUUUGAUACUUGAUGUUGGUGUUUCGUGAAAGUAUUUUCAAGUUUGUUGAAAUUAAUGUAGGAUAACUAGUUGCAUGAAUAAAUGAAACUAUAUGAUAAU